AUGGAAAGAUUGAGGGCUGAGGUAUCAGCUGUGCAACGCCGCCAAGUUACCAUCCAAACAGAGGCAGAAUCAGCGGAUGGGACAGUCACAGCAACAAAGGUCGUGAAAACAACUGUCAGGACCGUUCACUGGGAUGAUCUACCGCAUUGGCUCCGCGACAACCAGCACAUCCACACUGGCUAUCGGCCUGCCUCCGAGUCUUUUGUGAAAAGCUUCAAAUCGCUAGCCUACAUUCACAAUGAGACAGUGAACAUCUACUCCCACCUUUUUCCAGCUCUCCUAUCCAUCCCUCUCUCCUUCACCAUCUACAGAGCCAUUUCCGCCCGAUAUGAGACCGCAAACCAUGCAGAUGUAACUGCUUUUAGCUGCUUCUUUGCUGGUGCAGCGUUUUGUCUUGGGAUGAGCGCCCUCUACCAUACAAUUUCCAACCACUCUCCGCUGGUGGCGUACAUCGGCAAUGCAUGCGACUAUGUCGGGAUCGUGGGCCUCAUCACCGGUAGUUUCAUCCCCAGUAUAUAUUACGGUUUCUACUGCAUGCCAAAUCUGCAAAUACUUUACUGGUCGAUGAUCUGUGCGUUAGGCCUCGGCUGCGCCAUCGUUUCCACGAUUCCUCGUUUCCGAACGCCCGCCUGGCGACCGUUUCGAGCGACGAUGUUCGUUUCAAUGGGACUGUCUGCUGUGUUUCCUCUCGUACACGGGGUUGCCGUCUUUGGAUUCGCACAGAUGCGUUGGCAGAUUGGGCUCUGGUGGUUGCUGCUGCAGGGGUGCUUGUAUAUUCUAGGUGCAGCGAUCUAUGCGAUGCGGGUUCCAGAGAGGCUGUGGCCCGGGAAAUUUGAUAUUCUCGGACAUUCCCAUCAGAUCUUCCAUGUCCUGGUCGUGCUGGCGGCGUAUGCGCACUUAACGGGGUUGCUGGAGGCGUUCGACUAUCGGCAUAGCGGUAUUGCGCCUGCUUGCGCUGGUUGA